AUUAACCGUCGAAACAGUACAUGGAGCAGUACAAACGUUCUUUCGCCCAUUUCCAAAGCGAAAGACGGAAGCGCGGCGAAAAGUGAACCGGAGUGACGGGAACUCUGUAUUGCCCGCCUAGUCAGCAAUGACAUCAGUGCAGUGGAGUCAAUUGUCAAAUCUGCUCUUGCAGGCCAAGCUUCAAGCCAGAAAAACAUGACAAGUGUAACCUUUGCUGGCCUGUUUGGGGCCGUGCAGUCUCUGAACGAGACUGUGUUCAUGGCUUCAAUCAGCCAAUGGCUCUCAUGGGGUGCAUCGGCAGCCAUAAUUUUUGGUGGAGUUGUUCCUUACAUUCCACAAUACCGAGAGAUCAAGAAGACCAGAAAUGCAGAUGGCUUUUCAACGUGGGUCUGUUUGGCGUUGCUGGUGGCCAACACAUUAAGGAUACUCUUUUGGUUUGGACGUCCUUUCGAGCUUCCACUGUUGGUCCAGAGUGUUGUUAUGUCAGCAUGUAUGUUCCUCAUGCUCCAACUUUGUGUAAAGACACACAACCUUAGCACCAUUGUGCCUCAACCAAAGCAGAGAUUUACAGAAAACCCAAGUGAAAACCCUGCCUGCCUCCAGGCGGCGGAUGUGGCCAAUCCAGACCUCACCCUUUGGGAGUCUCCCUGGCGGCACUUUUGGGCCUGGACAGACUUUCUGAGCUAUGUGGAAUUCAUGGCCAGUUUUGCACUCUGCUCAGGAGCCCUCUUGUACCUGCUGCUUGAUGUAGAGCUCGUGGUAGAGGCUGUAGGCUUUGCAGCUUUGCUCACUGAAGCUCUGCUUGGGUUGCCUCAGUUCUGGCGUAAUUUGCGCAACCAGUCUACUCAUGGCAUGAGCAACCAGAUGGUGCUCAUGUGGACCAUGGGUGAUGUUUUUAAGACAGCUUACUUCAUAAUGCGGUCAGCACCUUUCCAGUUCUGGGUGUGCGGCACCCUUCAGGUGUCCCUGGACGUUGCCAUUCUAAUGCAGGUGGGCUGGUAUAAAUAUCGACCAGCAUCCUCAAAGAUUCCCAAGCACAGCAUUCAUAUCAGCUGACGGUGUCUGAUUAGGGACGGUGUGCACGUGUUUGUGACAGUGGCUUUUACUGUGGUGAGCUCUUUGCCACUUAAGUGUGUUUGUCUGCACUUUGCUUGAUACAAAGUUAUGACAUCAGAUAUGCAAGUCUCAUUUCUCUUAGCAUCACUGGUGCCAAAAACUGUGUGAUGUGAGCACGAAAAUGUUUUUGUUAUCUUUUGACAAAGAGCGUACUGUAACUUUUUAUGAUGUAUUUAUAUGAUUUAAUUUCUGCCAGAUAUUGUCAAAUGCAGGCUGCUUGGAAGCAAAAGCUGUGGCAAACUGACUGUAAUAUUUACACAGUUCAUGUGGCAGUAAGCUGUAGUCACUUUAUUCAAAUGAUUUAUGCAGUAAUUUAUGGAUCUUUUGUGACUUCUAUGUUGUCUUUCAUAUGCGGUCUUUUAUGAAGUACCGUACUUCCAUCCCACAUUUUUUUUUUAAGUUUUGAGAGUGGGCAGUUUGAUCUCAAAAGGUUUAUUAAAUUGCUGUAAGAAAAAAAAAGAAGGGGGGGGGGGCUGAAAUGGCUGAAUUCUCAUUGAGUGCUUCACGCAGAGGCCUCACAACAGAGUCUCCAUAAGCAAGCUGUAUUACCUUAUGCUCAUCCAGCUCUUUGGCCAAACCGAAAUGCCAAAGCCUGCCUUUCCUUUAUUGAAAAGGUGACCUUAAAAGAGUUGAUGCCUCCCGCCUUCACACUCGUUGCUAGGCUUGACUAAGUUUGCGGGCUGAGGCUAAGUUGUGGGGUUUCCCCAUUUGCUGGGCAGCUCAAGAAUGUGCUGUUGCACUCCAGGCCUGUUUCUACCUUUCAAAUGGUAACUUCAUUCUGAAACCAUUCACAUUUUUAUAGACUUGGUUGUUCUCACAAAGCACAGACAACAUUAAGUUUGCUUUACCUCCUAACCAUGCUGACCUGUACGACCUGUAAUUUUGGUUUGUUAAUAAUUGCAAAAUAAUUUGUUUGAUGCUUUUAAUGCCGGUAUAGUAUAUGUACUACAUAGUAGUUCUAUUUAUGUAAGGAGCUAUAUAUAGGGGCUUCAAUUUCUACUUUAUUCCCUUUUUUUUGUACAUCAUUGCUGAUGCUGCCCUACAUAAGUAUCAAUUGACCGGUUCUUAAGCAUAAGACAUAAGUAUAGGGACUGUUAAAAUUUAAUGGUGAUGUCAUACAUUAUACAAAGCCUUAUGUGAUGCUGGCAUAAGCCCUUUAGCCUGGACCAUAUUGUGCCUAAUGUUGUUUUGCAUAUCAUGCAGCCUAGUUGAAGCCUGUGUCCUGCAAAGUACACUGAAUUAUCCUUUUAAGAACGAAGGGUUUGAUGAAUGAAGGGUUGCUUGGUGACUCAUUGCAUAUUGAGUAUGGAAUAAAAUUUCAUGCUGAAUAUGAGUAUCCUGGCAGACUUAGCAUAUCGAAUAAGCAGGUAUACUGACAGUGCACUGUUUCCUUUGAAAACGUUCUGACAGUUGUGCAGUGGCAUUUUCGUGUGUGUCAUACCAUGUCUUGUGCAGUAGACUGACUUUAAGAUGAAUACGGAGGGAAAGUGGAACAUCCAGAGACUUGUUUCCAGAGGAUUUUGGAGUAUGAAACUAAGCCUCUACCUAUGCCACUGUUAAAGAACUGAGGGCCAAAUUCAUAACACCAUUCAGGUUUAUUAAGCCACCCUCAUCCUGGCUGACAAUGUAUUGAUUGUGCCAGGAUAACAGUACUAAGUUCACUGAGCAUUCUGUUUUUCACCUGUGUGGUGGGCUAGUUUGUCGCCUUCAGGGCAAUGCCAUAAAAGAUGACACAGCUACAGGACGUGCCAAAUUUACUUCUAUUAUCAAAAUUUCAGUGGCACUGAAUCUAUGGGAACUAAACAAAAGCUCCUAGAUGAUAGAGAAUUAGAGAAUUCAUUUUAACAGAGUUCAUCUUAAAUAGAGUCUAUUGUAUUUUCCAGCUACUGGUUGCACACAGCUUGCAGUUUAUGUAGAAGUAUUUAAGCCUAAUAACGGUGCGAAAAAGGACAUAAGCAGGAAGGACAUGACAAGUGCUAACUCCCAACUAAAUUUACUUCAGAAAACUUACACUGAAGAAAAGCUUGGACAAGGACAGUGAACGUACUAACAUUCAAUUGGUUUAUUUCAGGAAACCUGUUUGGAAGGUAUUUUCCUUUGGUGUAUUUUUCCUGAAAUUAAUUCAGUUGGAAGUUAGCGCCUGUCCUCUCCCUUUCAUCCAUGUCUUUUUUGCACUAUUCUUAAAUCUCAAAUCAUGAACCAACUAGUCUAGCAUCGUGUAUACAGAAGUAUGUAGAGUUGCUUCUUCUUUAUUCUGCUCUCUUUGGAGAUUGCAAAAACUGCUGCUGUUCAAACUGGAAUGUGUUUACUGUCUGGAGAAGUACUAAAGCUAUAAAGCUGUAGUGCCUCGGCGAGAGGAAGUGGUGGCAAAAUGAACUUAGAGUACCACAGUAACUCCUAGCAUCGCAAGGCUUCUGGCAUUGGUUUUUGAGUGCGUCUUCGUGCUUCAGUCAACCGCCAAGCUUCUUUCUCGUAUGCAUUAAUAUAAUGACUAGACUAGUUCUUUCACUUACCAUAUCUUACUUUAAAAUGGGUGCAGGGUGUUGUACAGGUAGAAAGCUGGUGCUGAUGUUUUAUAGGCAAGUUGUGGUUGUAGUUCAAAAAGUAUUGUAUUUAUCAUAAAUGCAUUAAUGCUAUUUUUCUGAUUGUCUGUCCUUCUGUGAGUGACAAACUUGGUGUGUAAACAAUGUUAGUUGUUAGCACUGUAUAGCUUCUAUAAGUGUUCAUUUGCUGCUAAGUAUUGCAUUUGGCAUGUCCUCUUGUUGAGAUAUGUGACAUAGUAUGAAAUAUUAUUAUUUGUUGUAUUUUUCUUUCUUUAUUUUUUUUUACAUGUUAGGGGAAGCUAAUAAGCUACAGCUACCUAGAGAUGCCAGCUACCUUUUGAGGACUAUAUUUUUGUUGCUUUAGCUACAUGUGUAUUUCACUCAAUCAUGUGCUUUACUGUGGUGCCUAGGUAUUUAAAGCUUCAGAUUGUAAAGUUGUAAAUAAGGCAUGUACAAAAUGUCUUUAUGUAUUGCUACAGUUGAAUAAUAACUCAGACCACUGGUUGUGAUUUGUAAUUUCCUUCCUAGCCCUCAUAAAAGUUUAAUGUGAAGUGUAGGGAGUGCAUACCAAAGAAGAUAUAUCUGGCGAGGCUACUGUUGAUGCAGAAAGGUAAAUGUUGUGGUGCCAUGCCUGUCAAGGGUGUUCUAUUGCUGACUACAGACUGACAGCACUACUGUUUGUCCCGAUAUAGUGAAUUGAUUGUUCUGGUUGGGGCAUGUAGCUGUCACACUUGUUUUCUUGCUGACUGAAAAUAGAUGAGCGCUGUUGACCCGAUGGCCAUUUCUCAGAGUUGUUAUCUCGCCACUUGCAUGCUGCAACUACAAUGCAAUGUGAUAUGCAAGAGCACUGCAGCUGAAGACUGUUGCAAUCAAACCACUCCACAACGCUGUGCCACAGGCCAGCUUUUCAUGGUACUGGCCCACAGGCUGCUUACUAAGUCACACGCCAUCUUUUUGCCAUUGCUACCACCAGCUAUGGUUGCUACUGUCUGUGAUGGUGAUGACUGUGGCAUUUGGAGGGUCCUUAGUUUCCACGUUACCUUCGAAGAAAGAAAGGUUCCUUCUUUGAUUUUUAUGGUUUAGCAAAUUUUAUUGUGCACUGAAAUUCUGUUAAUGGCUCAUUGUAAGUAUUAGAAAGGUAUAUGUUGCACUGAAGACAGGUGUUAUGUGAAAAUAAAACAAAAGCCCAAGAUAA